AGCCGAGGCCUCCCGGGCAGAGGCAGUGGGCGCGCCAUGGAGGACGACGGCUGCUGCUACCGCGACGCGCUCAGCGUCUUCCUGGCCAACCGGCGGCUCACCAUCGAGGUGCAGCGCGAGCGAGAGCUCUACCGCCGGCUGCGAGCCCGCGACGUCAAGACGCUGCUGCUGGGAUGUGGUUCAUCUGGAAAAUCAACUUUUAUGAAGCAGGUGAGGAUUAUUGAAGAAGGCGGUUUAACUGAAGAAGAACGGAAAACGUUUAAGCCAGUAAUUUGCCAAAAUGUUAUCACAUCUACUCAGAUGCUGAUUAUGGGAAUGCAGUUGUAUGAGCUUCAGUAUGAGUCCAAAAAAUCAGAGGAAUGUGCAAAAAUGAUCAUGGAACUGGAAGUGAGGGAGGUGACAGAGCUAAAUGCCACUGUGCUGGCAGCUGUGAAACAAUUGUGGAGGGAUAGCGGUAUACAGGCCUGCUACAAACGCCGUGACGAGUUGUACCUUUUGGAUUCUACAAAAUAUUUCAUGAGGAGGCUGGACGUCAUGUCUGCACCGGACUACAUCCCUUCAGAGCAGGACGUCCUCAGGUCCAGGAGCCCCACGUCGGGUGUCAUCGAGUAUCGUCUACCCAUCCAGAGCUACGAAAAGAAACUCUGCAUUGUCGAUGUAGGAGGGCAGAGGUCUGAGCGCCCCAAAUGGGUUCACUGUUUUGAAAACUGUGUCGCAUUUAUUUUUAUAUCUGCCAUAAGUGAGUACAACCAGCUCAACGAACGUGGCCAGAACCGGGUGAGCGAGAGCUUGGCACUCUUCAAGGUGUUGCUCACGUGUUCGGCAUUUCGUUACACUUCAGUUAUUGUUUUCCUGAACAAAGUGGACAUUUUUGACGAGAAGAUCAAGAAACACCAUCUUUCUCACUACUUCCCAGAAUACAAAGAUAAUCCUGGCUGUGAGGUGGAGGUCUGGAUUUCAUCUGAUACAUCAUUUCUGGUAUUUUUUGAAUUUUGCAACUGGUUUGAAGAACAUUCUGCAUAAUCAAGUGGAUGAUUUGGCCAUCCAGAUCACUCAACAUGAAUCCCAUAGAACUUUUAUGGGACAUAAUCGAGAUGACAAUUCGUGCACAAAAUCCUGCACUGGAAACGCUUUCACAAUUAUGGAUUGGUAUAGAAGCAGCAUGGCUAAGUAUUUCUGCAGGUGACUUCAAAUGACUUAAUGACUUGUUCAGUCCAUGCCAUGUUGGGAUGCUGUACUACAUCGAGCAAAAGGAAGUCUGACAAAUAUUAGGAGGUACCCUGUGACUUAUGUCACCUCUGUGUAUAACCACCCAGUAGUCACCUACCUCUACUUUGCAACUCCACGACACUUCAUCUCUGAAUUUCACUUUGGCUACAGUGCUCUUAGAGUGAUUUUCAGCACUGUACCCACAGUAAUAAAGGUCUACGGCUCUUACACAUUGAUCGAUAUGCCACAGCAGAGAGAUGACAGUUCAAAUCUCUGUCCGGCCCUUCCGAAUUAGAUUAUUUGUGAUUUUCCUAGAUCACAUAAAAUGAAUGUUAGGAUGGUUCCUUUGAAAGAGCACAGCUGAUUUACUUGUCCAGUCCACCUGCAAGAAUGUAGGACACUAAUCUUCCUACCCACCUCAGUUGACAGAACAAAUGACUUAAACACGUCCAUAAUUAAUGAAUUCUUUGCAACUGAUGUUGUUUUGUGUUUUAUUUAGCAAUGCUCGGUUACCUUUCAUUACAUGAUAAAAAAAUAAUUCUCUUCUUUUCUUUUUC